AUGAAUCCUACUACCAAAUUUGAGCCGAAUGGGAAAAACUCUGAAAAUUCAUGUAGUUUAGCUCCGACCGUAGCGCCGACUGUGCUGGCAAUCCGAAAUACGACUGAAGGAUGUAUUUCCGUUGCUGUAGAACCACCACCAAAUAUGCAAGGCACCUUAGCUGGCUACUACUUCACUUUACAAAGGCUAAACGAUAACGAACCGAGGAAAGAAUUUUUUCCUGGCAACAUGAGCGGUCCAUACAGUAUCUGUCGUUUACAACCUCAUGCUUCAUAUGCGCUCUUCUUAGAGGUGGACAAUGGGUUUGGCAGAUCACCUCCAGCUAGACAAAUGUUCGACACUGAUGAGAGUAUACCAAACGGAGCCCCAUCCGACAUUGUUGUCUCUCCGGCUGUUGGUUCACCUUCUGUGAUUGUGCAUUGGAAAAAGCCCAACAAUUCAGGAUUAAUCACGCACUAUCAUCUCUACCAUAAGAUGCGGGGACAUGCGAAGUGGAAAGUCGAUCACCUGAGCGUCACCCGACCCGAGCAGACCUCAUACAAAUUUGAGCUUGGUGGACUCGCGCCAUCUACGAAGUAUCACUUUCGAUUAUCGGCCUCCAGCAAAAAGGGAGAAGGGCAGCGUAGUGUUGAACAUAUUGCUACAACUGACGUCGCAGUUCCUCCGCCACCAGAAAUCAACCUGUUAACGUUUGAUUGCAAAAAUGGCAUUAUGCUGCAAUGGACAAACACGGCAAGUCAUAUCUGCCAUGUGGAGUUGAGGAAUGAAACCAACGUUCUUCUCUUUAAUACAACUGCUUCAAAGGUAAAUAAACUUUUCUUUGAAAAUAAGUAGGU